UGCUCACGUCAAUCAUACUCAGUGAAGAAGAAGAAACGUUUUGUGCUAAAAUGGCGAAUGACAGAAAAGAUGAAGAUCGGGAUUCUGACCAGGAGGGAGACCCCGGAGCCGAGUGGGGGCAGUCGUGCACCAAGGAGAUGGCCCUGUUCUCUCUGAUGAAGCAGACCGGCUGCACCAUCAUGCAGGUGAACGGGCAGAGGAAGUUCGGCGGACCGCCUCUCGGUUGGGAGGGACCGCCCCCCCCACGUGGCUGCGAGGUGUUUGUGGGGAAGCUUCCCAGGGACGUGUACGAGGUCCAGCUGCUGCCUCUGUUUGAGAGCGUGGGCCAGGUCUACGAGCUCAGACUCAUGUUGGAGUUCAACGGCCAGAACCGCGGCUACGCAUUCGUCAUGUUUGCCAACAGAGAAUCAGCGCAGAGGGCCAUCCAGACGCUGGACAACCACGAGAUCAAGCCGGGAAAGUUCAUUGGCGUGUGCGUGAGUCUGAACAACUGCCGCCUCUUCAUCGGCUCCAUCCCCAAAGACAAGAAGAAGGAAGAGAUCAUGGCCGAGAUGAAGGAGGUGAUGGAAGGUGUGGUGGACGUCAUCGUGUAUCCCAGUUCCACUGAGGAGAAUAGAAACAGAGGGUUUGCCUUUGUUGAGUUUGAAUCUCACAAAGCAGCAGCCAUAGCCCGAAGGAAGCUGCGGUCUGGAGCCUAUAAGCUGUGGGGUAACAACAUCCAUGUGAACUGGGCCGAUCCUGAGAAGGACGUGGCCGACGAGGUGAUGCAGCGCUAUAAAGUCCUCUAUGUUCGUAACCUGAUGCUGGGCACCACCGAAGAGACGCUCUUUCACGAGUUCUCUAGCUUCAAACCGGGCUCCGUGGCGUUUGUCAGGAAGUUCGGUAAUCAGGCCUUCGUGCACUACCGCCACCGCGACGACACCAUCGCCGCAUUGAGCUCAAUGAACGGGGCCCUGAUCGAUGGUGCCACUGUGGAGGUGAGGCUGUCCAAACCAGUGGGGAUGAGAAACAGGCAAGGGGCCAGCAGUGGUUUCUGCAGCAAAGUGGACCUGGAAACCAACGUAAGAGGAGGAGGAGCAAGAGAAGGAAUGGUGGCGCUGCACAGGAGCGAUGAGGGGAUGAAAGGAGAACUCGAUUAUGUGUGUUCUCCACCAAGACGUGCGUCCGUGCCACCUCAGCUGGUGAAUUCCUUAUACCCAGGAACAGCAGGAGGUGACCCGGACAGGUGCGUGUUCCCGGUCUUUCCCGGCGCCCCCCUCUCCCCCACCAGCCUGCUGUCGCUGAAGCAGAGUCAGAUCAGCUCUGCUGUCAGCCUCCUGGACUUCUACUGCCACAGCAACUGCUGGUCGCAGCCUGAGUACCACCUGUUCUCCACCCCGGGAAAGGACGGACAGCUGCUGCUGCUCUACAAGGUUGUGAUCCAAGCUACACAAAGCAGCUUCAUCCCAGACAAGCUGUGUUUGCUGCUGGAUGACGCCAAAGAAUUAGCUGCACAGACCACACUGAGGAACCUGGAAUUGUCUUUCCAUAGCGAAUCCUCCAGUGAUUCUCAAAGCAGCCCCUCUCCUCCGCCCGCCCGGGCCUCCUCUGCCACCACUCAGGGGUUUCUGACCGGCGAUGGCAGGGCCUACGCCUCCUGCCUGCCUCCCUCUGCCCCACCCCCACCCUUCUCUACCCCACCCCCACCCUUCUCUGCCUCCCAGACUCCGAGGUUCUUCAUCAACCCCCCGUCGCCUUUUUACUGACGGAAGUUUUUUCUGGUCUGAGCGUCGGCCGUGUUCAUCAGCAGAGGAGCGAGGAGAAAAGGCAGGACUCUCUUUUUUUAUGUCUACACCACCAAACAUGUCCUGAGGCUGUGUUUCAGUCUGGCUGACGUUCAGAGCGGCCGCUUCUCACCUUUAAAUGUUCAGAGACGCGUUCACGUCCUCCGUCUGCUUGUUUUUUCUGCCUCUGUUUUAAAAGAUGUAUCUUGCCCAGAGACGACUGUCGGGAGCGAGGGAUAAUGUUUAGUCUGUGAUGAGUCGCUCAAUCUCUGACACUGUUUAGAUCCCACGAAAACAUACGAAUCCAACAGAUGUAAACGACUUGUAUCAACCUCUGGUAAAUGUCAGCCUCCUCCCCCUCCUCUCUGCUGUCUCGGUCUUCCCACAAUGCAUCAGCAGGGACACAGAUCUCACAUUUUUACAGACGAGUAUUAGGUUCAGGCAAGAGGGGAAAAAAUGAGAGGACGAGCAUUUAAAUAUCAUUUCGCAUUUUGAGAUUAAAAUCGACAUUUCAGGUUCAUGAAUCCAGUUCGAGUGGCAACGACAGAGUUGGAUCUUCUUCUUCUGACCAGUUCACAGACUGAUUGUCUCUGUGUUAAUGAGAUAAAGGAAACGUGUUUGUAGAGGAGUUAAUAUCUGCUAAUCCUACCAGUUACAUGUAUUCUUUAAAUUCUUUCUUACACCUGACCAACAUAUUCAUCCAUUUUAUACAUAAUCCGAGAAUUUAUUUAAAAUGUACACUAUUAAUUAUAAACAUUAAAAUUCUAAAAAUGAAGAUGAACAUUUUUAUAAAUAUUCUAUAUCACUUCAGUUAAACCAGCAGAAUAGAUAUGAAUAUUUUCCAAUUGAUGUGUGAGAGCUGCAGAGGAGGACAUGAACCAGGUGGUUGGUUUCUUUUUUGUAGGAAGAGACAUUAGAAACAGAGCAGAGGCACUUCAUGUUCAAAGUUCUUUUAAGAUUAAUUUAAAAUUCAUUGGAAACACAAAGAGACGAGGUUGAAUCUUUUAUUGAUCUGUUUUAACUCGGAUCAAAGGAGACGCAGAACGAGGACAAACAAUUCUCUAAGUUCAGACCGAGCAGCUGACGGACGUUCUUGUUCUUAUGAAUUCAGGCUCUUUGGAUCAUAGCGUGAUUUUUUUCUUUUCAACGUUUUACUGCUUCUUACUCAUGUUCCGACGUUUUCUAGAAUUUCUGUAAAAAGUGUCUCCUUGGAAAUGAGAAUAAGUGAAUUUUUGCGUGUUCAGUGUCCUGCAAUAAAACAUUAACUCUGUUGAUAUAUUUACA